GUUUGUGUCUUGCAGACGUCCAGCAGCUGAUCGGUAAUCCAGAAGAAGUUUCCCCUCAGUUAGGGGGGAGCUCCACUUUGAAGCAGGAGACUCCACAACCACCCUGCAUUAAAAAGGAAGAGGAGGAACUCUGCAUCACUCAGGAGGGAGAGUGUCUUCUAGGACGAGAGGAAGCUGAUUACACCAAGUUUCCACUGAGUAUUCUCUCUGUGAAGACUGAAGAUGAUGAAGAGAAACCACAAGUAGACAACCUCUUAGCUCCACUAUCAGAUAGUGAGGCUGAAGACGAGGUUGAAGAACCUUUGAGCAGCGAUAAAGACUGUGAAGGUGAUAUGAGGACUCACACUGACAACAAACACUCUGAAUGCUCUACAAAGAAGAAAGGGAAAAAAAUUUUGAGCUGCUCAGUUUGUGGUAAAAGUUUUGCUCACAGGAGUAAUUUGGCUUACCACAUGAGAACACACACAGGAGCAAAACCAUUUAAUUGUUCAGUUUGUGCCAAAAGCUUUUCUCGAAAUUAUGGUUUGACUGAACACAUGAGAACACACACAGGUGAAAAACCAUAUAAUUGUUCAGUUUGUGGCAACAGCUUUUCUCAAAGUAGCCAUUUGACUCAACACGUGAGAACACACAGAGGAGAAAAAACAUGUAAUUGUUCAGUUUGUGGCAAAAGCUUUUCUCGAAAAAGCGCUUUGAAUGAACACAUGAGAACGCACAGAGGAGAAAAACCAUGUAAUUGUUCAGUUUGUGGCAAAAGCUUUUCUCGAAAAAGCCAUUUGACUCAACACAUGAGAACACACACAGGUGAAAAACCAUUCAAUUGUUCAGUUUGUGGCAAAAGCUUUUGUCAAAAUGUCAAUUUGACUCAACACAUGAGAACACACACAGGUGAAAAACCAUUUAAUUGUUCAGUUUGUGGCAAAAGCUUUUGUCAAAAUAGCAAUUUGACUCAACACAUGAGAACACACAAGUGGAAAACCAUUUAAUUGUUCAGUUUGUGGCAAAAGAUUUUCUCAAAAUAGCUAUUUGAGUCGACACAUGAGAUCACACAGGUGAAAAACCAUUUAAUUGUUCAGUUUGUGGCAACAGCUUUUCUCAAAAUAGCCAUUUGACUCAACACAUGAGAACACACAGAG